AUGCUGGAGAUAGGAAAUACAGUGAUGCUGGAGAUAGGAAAUACAGUGAUGCAGGGAAUAGGAAAUGCAGUGACACUGGAGAUAGGAAAUAUAUUGACGCUGGGAAUAGGAAAUAGAGUGACGCUGGGAAUAGGAAGUACAGUGACGCUGGGAAUAGGAAAUAGAGUGAUGCUGGGAAUAGGAAGUACAGUGACGCUGGGAAUAGGAAAUAGAGUGACGCUGGGAAUAGGAAGUACAGUGACGCUGGGAAUAGGAAAUACAGUGACGCUGGGGAUAGGAAAUACAGUGACGCUGGAGAUAGGAAAUACAGUGACGCUGGGAAUAGAAAAAUACAGUGAUGCUGGAGAUAGGAAAUACAGUGACGCUGGGAAUAGGAAACACAGUGGCGCUGGGAAUAGGAAGUACAGUGAUGCUGGGAAUAGGAAAUAG